AUGAGUUCUGCAAAAUCUGUAAGGCACAGAGGCGGCCAGCAGGAGCGAGGCCUACCUUUUGUCCUGAAGGGAGAAGCCAACACUUGGUUCAUGCGCCUGCCAGCCGACUCUAUCAAUACAUGGGCUGAUUUCAAGUCAGUUUUCCUAGCCGAGUUUUUCCCGUCUUCGAAGACAAGUGCAUUGAAGAGGAAAAUAUCGUGCAUAAGGCAAGAAUAUGAUGAAACCCUGAGCGAGUAUUGGGAGAAGUACAUGAGCCUUCUGGAGUCAUGCCCCAACCAUCGCAUGAAGGAGAUAGAGGUGCACCACACCUUCUAUGAAGGGAUGAACAAGGAAACCAAGGAUCUGGUGAAUUCAUCAUCUGGAGGCGAUUUCACCCAGUUGAGAGUAAGUGAAGCCAAGAAGGUGUUACGCAAGCUGUUGAAUGCAAAGAAGACGUACGACAACGCGAGAGAUGGGUACAGCAGAGAAAGGAACACUCCACCACCUUCUCCAACUGGAGGCCAAGAAGCCCCAACACUACCAUAUGAUCAGCCGGACAACUCGCUGGAUGUGGAGCAAGCAAAUGCCGCAGGAUACUACAAUUCCAACGGCAAUUGGAUUCCGGGGAAGCAAAGAGAUGCACCAUGGAGGGACCACCAAAAUUUCCGAUGGGGAGAUGGAAAUCAGAAUCAGAACCAAAAUCCUCCAAAUCAACCCAACCCCCAACCGAACCAAUAUCCCAACCGUGGCCCAACAAACCCUGACUACCAAUCUAACUGGGUAGGAAGAAACCAGCAUCCUCAGAACCAAAACUCUCAAAACCAGAACCCGAACCCUACCUAUAUGCCACCGCAUCAGCGAAACAACCAACCCCAAAACCAUAACCAAAACCAGAACCAAUUUAACCCAGGGCCACAACAUAACACCCACCACCAAAACCAAAGUCAGUACCAGCACAACCACGACCAGUAUAACCCUCUUGCCCAGUAUAACCAGUACCCACCGAACCAAAAUCAACAAAAUUUCUCAGGCUACCAGUCAAACCCACCACCUCAGUAUAAUCAGCACCAGAGCUCAAACCAAUUCCAUCACCCAAACAGGUCGAGGAGGUCUAUGGAGGACAUGAUGGGGGAGAUGCUUGCCUCGCAGCAAAGCAUUAAAAAUGACUUGUAG